AUGGAAGAAUACAAUGAAGAUUUUGAUUUUGAUCAUCUGUAUACGAAUCUCAACCAAGAAGAAGAAGAAGAAGCAGAAGAAAUGUAUUUCAAAGAAGACAUGAUCAGUAACGAGGAUCAUGACAAUAGAAUUGUUCAUGAAAAAAUUUUAUCACAAAAAUUCAGUCAAUUAUUAACCAAAGAUGCACAUCAGCAUGGCCAACAACAAAGAGAUGAAGAUUAUGAUGCUGUUAGUAAUAAUAAACGUCCAUUACGGACACUAUCACCAUUAGAGGUGGUAUCGAAAAAAAUUCGGCGAUGGAAUGAGUCUGAAAGUGAAGAACCAGAAGUUGAUCAUAUGCCUGAAUAUUUUGAACGAUUAAAUGAUAUGUUUGAUAAAAUUAUGACCCAUCAUAUCAUCCAGCAUAGAAUAACUAUAUCCAUAGAUGAUCUACGACAAUUAACUAUUUCUAAACAUAGGAUAGCGAUGAUUGAACUGGAUAAAAAACUUUGGACAUUCUAUUUAAAAUUAGGUACAGGUCAAUGUGAAACAGUAGAAAGUAAUAAAACAAAAGUGAAUCAAUAUAUGUGGCCAAUGGUUGUAAAAACAUUUCAUUCAUUCAAAUCGAAUAUCAGGUCGAAAGAUGAAAAAAUGAGUGAAGAAAA